AUGCUCUACCUCCGGAAGAGAUACCCGAUCGAAGAAUGUAAGAGUGCUCCGGCAACGCACACCCGCGAGUCUGUCUUCUCCACCAAGAACCUGAACUCAUUCCACUCUCCAUCCCUCCAUGUCGCUUAUGAGGAAAGAGAAUCUCCUCUCUUGCCCUGCCAUUCGGCAUACGACGCAUCUCAGGACUACUCUGGAGCAGGCCGUAAAUCGCGCGACCUCACAGUUGAUCACACGAGCCUCGGCCCUACUCUACACCUCUCAUAUUCGAACGACAUCCGUCUGCAUCUCACCGUGCACAAACGACCCACGACCUCCCUGAAUCCAGGCCCAAUGGCCACACAAAGCUUCAUAACCGCUCUCCUCACUCCGGCCCCUCCGAAUUUCACGUUACAGAUUCACCGGGCCAGGUAUAAACUCAAGUCAAACCUCACGCCGACAGCAGAUCGGGGUCUGGACUACGCACUCAAAAGACCGGGUGAACUCACCUUCCGGUCCGGGUCAUUCCAAAAAUCUACCUUCACUAGACCCCCUCGGCCCGUCUCCGGCUCGUCUCUCACAGAAGCAUCCUCCCACCACAAUCGCUCUCCGUUCACCGUCACCGCUCCAGCCCCGUUCACCAAGACCUCCCAUCUCAACGCUAGCUCAAUAGCUCCAACUAGGGCCCCGCGCGUCAUUCGCUCCCCCAGCACACCCAAAAACUCCAUACCCCCCAUCCUCGUACACCUACGGCAUUCGACUCCGACUCACUCCCCUGAUUCCCGAAUCUCUAAAGACCUCCCUGUCCCACAUAUCGCAACCUCCCGGGCCCGUGUCUCUGUCAUCUCCCCCGCUGCUGGUCGAACCUAUCACCAGUUCAUUCCUCCGGCCUCUUGCCCAAGCGCAGAGUCUUUACUCCGUGGCACACCCCCCAUAUCGUACGAGUUCAGUAAUAUCGCAACGACCUCUUACCCGAAUCCUCUAAGCGGCUCCAAUUCCCUCUUCGGAACCCAUCCUCCACAAACAGGACUACCGCCUGGAUCCUCGGUUCCCCCUCGCCACACAGGAUUCCAAAAGCUCCGUGCCUCUAAUCACUCGGCAACGGAACCUCCCCCGUACAUGAGUCAACGCAUCAUCUGA